AUGGAUUCCCUCUUCGGUGACGAAUUUGAGGAACGAUGUGAUAUCUUACUGAGGAAGACGGACACGAAAAAUGUGCUCAUCCCGAGGAAUGAAAGAGUUACAAAUGUCGACAUAGACUUUACAGAAGAUAGGAAGAGAUGUGAAGGGAAAAUUAAACGGAAAAAUAAAGGGAUUAGGAUAAGGAGACAUGGGAAGAAGGGUAUAUCCAUGUGCUCCUCCUCAGUAGGAAAGACACCAACCAAGUUGUGGAAAUUCCUUUCGAAUGAUACGGUUGGAAAGUUGAAUAACGAAGGUGGUAUCGUCACGGAGAUGGACAGUAAAAUCAACCAUUCCUAUCGCAGCAAUUACUAUUUUAUGAAAAAUAAUAGGAAGGUAACUCCCCUGGAUGAUCCCCCAUCAUCGGAUAGGAAGGUAUCCCUAAUUGAUGACUACAAAAAAAUGGGGGGAAAAAAAUCUGCCGCCUUUAAGUCUCUCCAUGAUGACCAUUUAGAUGGGGAACCCGUGAAUUCCUAUAAAGGCAAUCAGCGAUCGUGCAGAUAUGGCUCCCUCAAAGGAGACAAACCUUCCUCCAUGGCUGAUUGUCUAGCAACUCAGGUGCGAAAUUAUGCCAAUUGUACAUACAUGUUGGGGAGAAAAAAAUGUUACAACUGUUUUAUGGUCACAAGGGGGGUACACACAGGAGAGGAUAUUCCCUCCAAGGGUAUUUGCAUAAAUGAGUGCCAAAAAAAAAAAAGUGCGAGGGAAAGCACAAACAAAUCUUUCACCUUCAGUUAUGGAUUUUACAGCAAGAAGGGAAAGUAUCAUGACAAUGAGGAUACAUGUUCGCAUGCCUCAUUCAGCUCUUAUAAAAUACAAAAGGAGGUGGAACAACUCAUACAUCGAAUGGGAAACAGGAAAAGGAAGUAUAAUCUCUUCGAUGAAGUAUUAAAAAGGUUUUCCAUGUAUCCAUCAAUUCUUCGCGAUAGGGAUGACUCUGCUCGGGAGGCUAAAUCCGUUGGACAUAGAAACGAAUUUAAUCCUCCCGGAAAACGUUCAAAUGGAGACACUUGUAAGGUCUACUUAAAACCCGUCUUGCCAGUGUAUCACCUCCAGGGGGAAAGCCAACCGACUGAUUAUCACGACAGCGAUAUGAUCUGCAGGUAUUUCUACGAAGAAGGGAGUAGACCAAAACAAGAAAGUAAGAAAAAAAGCGUACGAAAGAAUAUACAUGGUGUGGAAGAUGGGAUAAGGAAACUACAGUUAAAAUAUUUAACCGAAUGGAGAGAAAAAGUUCAAAUGUUAGAUGCCCAAGGGGAAGAAUUCUAUCAAACACACAAUCCUAACUUGCGCAUUUCCCAUUACUAUAAGUUCGUCUGUAAGAUUUGUAAAAAGUGCCAAUAUGUGAAUGCCCAGAAGGGUCACAUGUGGCAUCGUGCUUACAUGCGCUAUCUCCAUGGUGUACACAAAUGGAGAGGGAAGAAGAAAAAAAAAAAUGAAUCGUACCACAGGAUGAGCGCUGACACCUCCUCCACCUGUUCAGACGAAUUUAAUUACGUGAAUUUUUCUCCUCAUAAUGGAAAUACGCGUUACGAGGGAAAAUGCAGUGCGGCAACGGGUGCAAUCGCCGGUCAAACUGCGACUACAACUGCGGAUGCGAAUUUUCCUGUCUUCCCAACUUCUAGGCAAAUGAACAACAUUAACAGUUUAAGGGGACGAAUACAGGAUUCCAUCCACAGAGAGAGCGAAAACUAUCAGAGUGACUCCUCCCCAAGGGAAAACACGACAAACAAUUAUGGCACAUUGGGCGACUAUCUAACGAGGUGCAAAACAUGCAGACAUCUCCUGAAGUACGAUAACAUGGAGAACGAAUUUUUGUUGAAAUUUUGGAAAACGAAUUAUUCCUUGAAAUAUCCAUUUUGCCUGAACAGGUCAGAAAAAAAAAUGCUCAACCUACUUGCAGCUAGCCAAAAAGGGGAAAAGACAAUGUAUGGAAGAAAUUUUAGAAAGGAUGAUAAACAGAGGGGUCCUUUAACUGAAGAAGGGAGUGAAGACAAUGGAGGAAAAUUCCACUUUCGCUCUCAUUCCGAUGUGGAUACUUACCAAAACUCGAAGAAGCUGCAAAUGUGGAAGGAUGAGUUGGAGAAAUGCUCCACGAGAGAGAAUGCCCCGAAUGAAUGGGACACAAGGGAAAAGUUCUCUCCAAGUUUCCCCAGGCGGAAGAGACAGAAGAUGCUGCGAUCGAGAGAGUGGAAAAUGUGGAUGGAAAAGAUGCGAAGGCAUCUCUUUGAACAAUAUUACGCUCGCUUCAUUGCCAAGAAGGAAUCGAAAUCGAAUAAAGAACACUCUGAUGAAUCUUCUAAACAUAUAGGGAUGGACAACUUUGACAUGCACUUGUUUACCAUAUGCGACGGUCAUGGAGAUUCACAUACUUCGCACUUUUUAAUUCAAAAUGUGCAUAAGAUUUUUUAUUACCUCCUCGUUCACACCUUCUUCAAUAUCCAUAUCUCCCUAAAGAUACUACACCCCCUGUUGGAUUUUUUAUAUCAUCGUGAAUGUGCAAGAGAGAAGAGUAGAAGCUAUGCGGGGUCCUGCAUUAUUAACAUACUCCUGAGGGAUAACUACCUUUAUGUGAAUAACACAGGGGAUAGCAGGUGCGCCUUGAUGACCUUCCACCUGGACAGAUUUGAAUACAGUCGGGAAACGCCAGUGGAGGAUGAGAAGGAGGAAAACUGUACCAGAAGAAAGAAGCGAAGAGGGGGAAAGCCCAAGAAGAAAACGCAGCGAGCUGUUGAUCAGGUUGGCAGCGACUCCGACUUGGAUCGCGAGUACGAGGCAUACGUCAUUAAUGCGAACUCCUUUUCCUACAACGAGCUGAACUGUGAACACAACUGCAAUAAUUACAUGGAGUACUUGCGGAUGUAUAAAAUGCACCUGUGUGAGGAGUUAGCAGGUAGGCAAGUGAGCAGAGGGGAAGGGCACAACCCUGCGGAGAAGCGGAAUGAAAAUGGAAACUCUUCCUCUAUUGCUAGUAGGCUUACUGGGGACAAAUUUCUAAGGGAUCUGCAGGACGAAGAGCAGAUGGAGGAACUUUCCAAUGUGAAGAAGACGAAGAAAAAGGAUAAUCUGGAUAAGACUAAGAUGGAUAGCCAUUUGAACAAACAAAUCAUAAUGCUUAAUGGGUACCUACUAAGAGAACAUGGGAAGGAAAUAAACAUAGGAAAUUUAUCCAAUGAUUUAAUAAAAUAUAAUAGAGUGGACGGGUGCCUACAUCCAUGCAGAGUUAUUGGAGACUACGAUUUGAAGAGGAAGUACUGCACUGGGAAUUUCAUCUUGUCCAACGAUUCGAAUGUAUACAAAUACGACAUGAAUAACAUCAAUUUGAUGAAUAUGAUUCGUUAUCUAUACUUGAAUAAGUUCUGCGGGACGUGCAGGAGGAGCUACCUCCUCAGUAGCUAUGGCAAGAUUGGACCCAUUAGGCAGAUUGUCCUUUUGGACUCUGAGGAGGGAGAACGCCAAGGGGGGAAGACGCACACGGAACGCCCUGCUAAUAUACAGUGUAAUACCAUUGUGAACAGAGCAGAGGUGCUCCCUAAAUGGCGUCAACCUUCCGGGGAAAGACACCCCCCCACUGGAUUGUGUUUAAAAAUUUACAGGGACGGCGCACCCGAUAGUAACGUCCUUGCCCACCAGGUGGAGAGGAAAAAAGAAAACUUCGCUGUACAGAUAAACGAGCGUUUUGCACCCUACAUUAACAUCAAGAAUGUUUCCAUGAAUGAAAAUUAUUUAUGCCGGAAAGAACGGAGGAACUUUUUCCACCUGUUGAUCAUUGCCUCAGACGGCGUUUUCGAGUACGUAAACCCGCACUUCGUAUUCAACAUUUUAAAAAAAAACAAAUCCGUAUAUACCAAGGUGAGGAAAUUGUACCGAACAUACAACAUGCGGGAGUUGUGGACAACCACCGCAGGAAGUACCCCCCAAAGGAACAUAAACAAAAUGAUGCAUAAGUAUAUGCUCACAAAAGAAGAUUGUACUAAACUGGCCAGGGACAUUGUCAAAAGUUCGAUAAUGCAUGGCAAUAUUGACGACAGCACAUGUUUUUGUAUUUUUAUAUUUCCCACCUUUUUUGUGUGUGGAUAA